AAGCAUUAAGUGCCAUUCAUCAAACGAACCGAGAUCGAGCACCUCAUCCAUGUUCUCCGCAGCUCCGCUUUGGCAGUCUUUAUAUACCAAGCUCCUAUCCUUCGUAAUCAUAGACAUACAGCCGCAGACAGAGAAUGGCAUCAGUGUUACCAGCAACACCAUCGACAAUUAACGUAGCGGCUUUAUGUGGGUCUCUUCGUAAAGGCUCCUACAACCGAGGCCUCAUUCGUUCCGCAAUGGAGCUAAGCAAGGGAAUCAACGGCCUGAAGAUUGAAUACAUAGACAUAGCGCCGCUGCCGAUGCUCAACACCGACUUGGAAGGCGACGGAACGUUCCCGGCGGCCGUUGAAGCUUUCCGCCAGAAGAUAAAAGAGGCCGACAGCUUUCUCUUCGCCUCACCCGAGUACAACUACUCCGUCACCGCACCGCUGAAGAAUGCAAUUGAUUGGGCCUCUAGACCACCAAAUGUCUGGGCUGAUAAAGCAGGUGCAAUUGUAAGUGCUGGAGGAGGUUUUGGCGGGGGACGAUCACAAUAUCAUCUUCGGCAGAUUGGAGUUUAUCUCGAUCUUCAUUUCAUCAACAAACCUGAGUUUUUCUUGAACGUAUUCCAAUCUCCUGCAAAGUUCGACAGUGAUGGCAACUUGAUAGAUGAAUCGGCCAAGGAGCAGUUGAAGCAAGUUCUAAUAUCCUUGCUGGCAUUUAGCGAGCGCCUCAGUCAUGAUUGCUGAAAUAGCACAUGAUUAUCAGCUGAAACAUAAUAUCUGUUUCAGUAUAUACUUUGCUGGCAUUACAAGUUAUCUGAUACUUUAUUCCAAGACCGCAAGUUGUUGGACUUGCUUUCUUAUUAGUUUUUUGUGAAAGUGAAGUUGGGAAUCAGACAUCAAUUUGAUCUCAUGAUUUGGCGACUCAUAUACUGUUUUUUUCCU